CACCUGCAUCCUGGUCCAUUGACGCAUGCCUCGACCAUCUCAACAUCUUUUCUCUGCUAGUCCCUGUCUUGUGACCAUACACAAGCUGGAUGUUGAUGGUUGCAAUUUACUUGACACCAGCUUCCACUCUUCGAUCUUUACCACUAGUUGGACCAUCGCCUCCCUACCACUUCCCUGCCUCUCUACGAUUCCUCCGCCGUCGAAUGCCUGGGCAUAACCGGGCAUCUUAUCGGCGGCGUCUGCCCCAUCAAGGAGCAGCCUCUCCCUCGAACCGGCCAACACUCAACUGAUACCUCUCCCGCCCGGACCAAAUACCAUGGAGAGAACUCAGACUUCCUCUCGUCCGGCAAGAAAGCGUCGUCAACGACGACAGAUCAAAUGGCUCUACGACCUGGUCCUGUGGGCCAUGUCCGUCCUCAUCGACCUGUUCUUCCGCGAAGUUCAUCCAAGAGGUGCUUGGAAAGUCCCUCGAAAGGGCCCAAUCAUUCUUGUUGCUGCUCCUCAUGCCAACCAGUUUGUCGACUCCCUCGUCCUCAUGAGAAUCCUCAAAACAGAGGCCAAGAGACGAAUCUCCUACCUGAUCGCCGAAAAGUCCACGAAGCGAAAGUUCAUUGGAACUCUGUCGACGGCCAUAGGAGCUAUCCCCGUUGGAAGAGCUUUGGACAAGGUUAAACCUGCUCAAGGCAACAUCUUCAUGCCCGACCAGGACAACGACCCAACCCUCAUUCACGGCGUCGGGACAAAUUUCAAGAAUGGGCAGUUCGAAAUCGGUGGUUUGAUCGUCCUGCCCAAAGUCAGAGGCCAGACCCCAAGCACCGAAAUCGCCGAGAUCAUCUCACCCACUGAGCUUCGCCUCAAGAAACCCUUCAAGACCCCAGAAGCCUUGGAGUCCCUAAAUCGCAAUGGGCCCGAGAGUGGAUCCGACACACCUGGUCGUGGUUCUAACGGCUCCCGCGGCUGCAAAUUCAGCGUUGCUCCAUUUGUCGACCAGACAAAGGUCUACAAUUCGGUGUUUGAAGAGCUCGACGAUGGAGGUUGCAUCGGCAUUUUCCCCGAAGGCGGUAGUCAUGAUCGCCCGGAUUUGCUCCCUCUCAAGGCUGGCGUGGCCAUCAUGGCUCUGGGUGCUCUGGCGAACAACCCCGACUGCGGCGUUAAAAUCAUUCCCAUUGGCAUGAACUACUUCCACGCCCACAAGUUCAGAUCCCGGGCCGUCAUUGAGUUUGGCCACCCCAUCGAAGUCCACCCAGAUCAAGUGGCUGCCUACAAGGCGGGCGAUCGAAGAAACGCCGUUGGCUCCCUUCUCGAGACCGUCUUCCAAGGCCUGGUCGCCGUGACACAGUCAAGCCCCGACUACGAUACCCUCAUGCUCGUCCAAGCCGCCCGCAGACUCUAUAAUCCCACCGGCAAAAAGCUUCCUCUUCCCUUGGUAGUCGAGCUGAACCGGCGACUUGUCAAAGGAUAUACCCAGUACAAGGACGACCCAAGAGUGGUGAAACUCAAGCAAGAUGUACUUGACUACAACCGUCAGCUCCGGGCCCUGGGAAUCCGCGACCACCAGGUGGAGUGGGGCAAUGCCUCCAAGCGCCCUUGGUGGCUGAUCCUGGGCACCUUGAUCUAUCGGCUCGGCGAACUGGUAGUCUUGGGCAUUGGAACUCUGCCGGGCCUGGCCAUGUUCUGGCCAGUGUUUGUCACGACCAAGCUCAUUUCGCUCAAGAAGUCUCGCGAAGCACUCGCAGCCUCCACGGUUAAGCUGCAGGGACGAGAUGUCAUUACUACUUGGAAGCUGUUGGUGGCGAUGGCGUUUGCGCCUGUCCUCUAUGCUUACUAUAUAGUUAUCGUCUCGCUCUGGCUGGUGUAUAACCGGAAUGGUGGGUAUUACACUAACAAGGUGCCGUGGUGGUUACUCGCUCGGACUUAUGUGCCCGAUUUUGUACCCAUCUGGCUGUUUGCCGUUUCGUUUUUGGGGUUGUGCAUCAGCAUCACGUUUGCAGCAUUAAGAAUUGGAGAGAUUGGUAUGGACGUGCUCAAGUCGCUACCUCCCUUGGUUGCUGCGCUGGAUCCGAGAUCCUCGAGCCGCUUGGUCAAGCUGAGGGCCAUCAGACAGGCACUGUCUGCUGAGGUCACAGACGUCAUCAAUGACCUCGGACCAGAGGUCUUCCCUGACUUUGACGCCAACAGAAUCGUGGCGGAUCCCUUUCCGGAGGGGGCAUACCAGUCCAGCUAUAAGACUAUGCCAGAAGAACCCCGAAUCACUGAAGCGACAGAACCUUCGACACCGACGUCUGGGGGUCCCGAGGGCAAGUCACCAGACACCCCAACUGGAACCUCAUUUGGGUUGUUACCUCGCAACGAGUCAUUCCGCAACAUUGGUGGGUUUGGAUUCUUCGCAUCACGGCCAACGACGCCCAAAAGCCGCAGUCGCAGCAGUUCCGCGGGCGGGGCUCUAUCAAUGUCUGGUGGUCUUCGGCCGUUCAGCAGUGUGGACAAUAAGGAGAGUUUCGAUGAAGUUAGCAAGCGAAUCCGAGGCGCGAUGCGUGAGAGGGGACGCAAGAGGGAAAGUGAGGGCAUUGAAACCGCCACCGAGAGCAGUUGGGACAUGGCCUCGGAUGGACAGAUGACACCGGCCAGCGAGGAUGAGGAGCCGAAGAAGGAAAGAUAGACAAGGAGGAUCCAUGAAUAUAAAUGACAGCAGCAUGAGUUACGAGGGACUUGAGUGUCUAGCGAGCACCUUGGGUACUGACGUGUUGAUGAGCGGUGCAACCCGGUCUUGUGUAGAGUUUACCUGGGUACCAUGCCACAAUGUUUGACGACAGGUAUUGUAUGAGUCCAAGAUUGAUUUAUCCUUGCACAAGAUAUCACCCUAAUGUAAAGUCC